AUGGAUUUUACUAUUUUUAAAAAUGAUAAAAAUUUAUCAUUAAAUGGGAUAAACAAAAUAGUUGGCGAUGUCUAUAAGGACAACUUGGACUAUUUAAUGAGGAAAAAUAAAAGUGAAUUAGAAAGAAGAGAGACCGAUAAAUUUAGCUACGAAAUUGAACUAUUUUUAAAUUCUUUGGAUAGCGAAGAAACACGAUUAUAUGAAGAAAAAGACAAAAUAAAGGAAUCAUUUCAAACUAUUGCAUUGCAGUUAAAAAAUGUGAAACGGUCUAUCAUUAAAACGGAGGAAUAUGUUGAGAAUAAGGUAAAAGGAGUGAUGUUAAAAAAUUCUCAAAAAAUAUUUGAAGUUUUUAAAAAGGAUAUUAACAACUUAUAG